GUAUUUAUUAUAAUAUCCAAGUAUCUGGGUAAGCGCGUACUCGAGUACUAUCAGUUCUGAUCAAUACUCCAAUUCAAGUCAACUCGCGUCGAUCCUGAGAUAAAGGAGGGAGCAGGAUGGAGACGCAUAAAUAAAUGAAUGGACAAGAUAGCAAGAUGGUUCUCCACAGGCACGCGAGCGAGAUGGAAAGGCAGGAAUAGAGAGGGGAAAUCCAUGUAUUCGCAGUAUGAAACUUCAUCGUUGUGUAUCGCUACCGUUGAAGUGCGUCUUUAUCGGUCGCCACGCAUUCACCUUCUCGCGUACACUUGACGCAGGUGUAUACUAACGAACUUAAACCUAAGGCGCGUCGUGAGUUUCGCAUUUUGUUCUCCCAAAGCUGAUAAAUUCGCGAAAAUCAGUGAAGCAGAACAGAACUGCGAGCUGUGUGACACGACUGUGAAUCGUGCUAGAGAAUUAAUUAAUGUGCAACCGUAACGAAGACCGCGUCUCAUUGUACCUGGCUGCGUUAUAGGAGAAUGUUCCUCAUCACACCGGUCGACAACAAUCGUUGGGUCUAUGCGAUGCACGGAUUAGAAAAGCCCAUGGACCAUGUGUCCGCCGGCAGUGUCAUGGCGGGCUCCAUUGCCACUUUGGCGAUCCUUUGGGUGUCCCUACAGACGAUGGGGCUUUUGGGUCACUCACAUUCGAUCGACACCUACAAGUUACCCGAAUCUCUACAUAAUUACCUUGCCAGUUAUACCGGACUGCCAUCUAAUUCCGAAGUCAUCGUAGAUACCGGCCGUUUUCAAAAUCGGAGGUUUCCCAGAAUAGAUGGAGCAACCCUAAACAACUCGAUCGCAUUCGCGCGAACGUUAAUCGGUCGCAUGAGUACCCUUGAGAAUAAUAUCGCGAAUGCCGGUGUCGAACUCGCAGCACAAAGUCCAGCCGAGAAACAAUUCUGGAAUUCUUACCCUUCUACGGAUGCUUUCGACAGGAGCAUCGAUGCGUUCGUAGCGACAAAGGCGUCUUCGUAUCUCGUACAACAAAAUUGUCGAAGAUUCGGCUUAGAUAAGAACGACUGUGCCCGUUAUAUAUCGACGCUGGGUCUGCAGAGCACCCCUCUCGGUGAGUCUUGUGCCGCGGUGCAUAAUGUAGAAUGCGACUUGACGUCCAAGUACCGCAGCAUCGAGGGCACCUGCAACAACAUUGAAAAUCCGAGCUGGGGCAGCGCAAUGACCGCGUACACCAGAGUACUGUUCUCCCAAUACUUUGACGGCAUCCAAGAACCGAGGCGUAUCGGACAAACGAAGAAACCACUACCAAGCCCGAGGCUCGUAAGCACCGCUUUGUCCACUGCAAACGAUCAAUCGGAUGCUAGCAGAACACUGGCUGUCAUGGAAUGGAGCCAAUUCAUCGCUCAUGACAUGGCCCACACGCCAGUUCGUAAGAUGAUCUCAACUGGAAAACCAAUCUCUUGCUGCCAGUCAGACGGAGACACUUUGUCACCGCGUCACAUUCAUCCAGAUUGUUCUCCGAUCAGCGUUCCUGAUCACGAUCCCGUUUACGGCGAACAUUACGUUCGAUGCAUGAAUUAUGUUAGGUCGUUACCUGUCUUAAGAUCGGAGUGUACAUUUGGACCUGUGGAACAGAUGAACCAGGUGAGCCACUUUCUGGACGGUUCCACUAUUUACGGUUCUAUCAUUAAGAAAUCUCGCGAGCUUCGUACUUUUGAGGGCGGACAUCUUCGCGUUGACGUGCGAAAUAACCAUACGUAUUUGCCGAGAGGAGAUGUCGAGCUCAUGUCGCAAUGUGGAGAGAAUUGUUACAAUUCUGGUGACGAACGAGUGAACGUUCAUCCUCAGUUAGCUGUGAUACACACAGUUUGGCACCGUGAGCACAAUCGCGUCGCAGACGAACUUGCCCAGUUAAAUCCAGAUUGGUCAGACGAGAUUUUGUAUCAGGAGGCCAGGCGUAUCGUAAUCGCAGAAAUUCAGCAUAUUACAUACAAGGAAUGGUUGCCCAUUCUAUUGGGCAGAAAAUAUACUCGCACCAUCAGUCUCAUCGUAGGUAAUGGUUACAGCCGUAACUAUAAUUCCGAUGACGAGCCGGCGGUUAGUAACGAAGCCGCCAACGCAGCGCUACGUUUUCUGAAUUCGUUGAUGCAGGGACAGCUGAACUUACCGGACAAUCUUCGCCAACAGAACAAAACGCUACAGUUGGCAGAGCAUUUCUUCAAUCCACGUAUAAUCGAAUCGGAGGAGAUAUUUGAUGGAUUGCUUCGCGGACUUGCUACUCAAACUAGCCAAAAGAUGGACAUUAAUCUCAUUCCAGACAUGACAAGCAAAUUGUAUACCAGCAAAGGCAAUAAUUUAGGUUUAGAUGCCAUUAGUUUGGACAUUGAACGUGGCCGCGAUCAUGGCCUUCCAGGUUACAAUUAUUACCGUAGAUACUGCGGGCUUUCUACCGCUAAAACUUUUGAUGAAUUCCUAGAUUAUAUUCCUGUGGAGAUGGUGAGAAAACUACGCACGAUCUAUUCCCAUCCUAACGACGUCGAUCUUAUCGUGGGUGGUAUGGCAGAGAGACCAGCUGACGACGGCAUGAUCGGUCCGAUCUUCCGCUGUCUCAUUUACGAGCAAUUCUCCAGAUCCCGACGUACCGAUAGAUUCUUCUAUGACUCUGCGACGCAACCGCAUCCUUUCACACCUGAGCAACUGGCUCAAAUACGUAAUGUCACUUUAGCACGAAUAUUCUGCGAUAAUGGUGAUGGCAUUACUCAUAUGCAGCGCAACGUGUUCCUCAAACCGCAGGCAGGGAACGAAUUGAGACGCUGCACUGACUUUGAAGCGAUACCCAGUGUAGACCUUUUCGCCUGGGCGGAGAGGGCAAAAGCAUAUCGUUGAAGUCCCUAAUUAAUUGACUGGUCACACAAGAAAUGCAUCCGUUUGCCCGUAGAUGUAGUGCGGGUCUGAGGGAAAGAAGACUUACGACAAGCUCACUGAGGAAACAGGCGCAUUGAAUAAACGAUUGUACGAGACUAUGUAAUAGUCUCAUCAAAAUCGUCGCGUAUGAGUGUCACAAUGUCACGGCGACGAUGUCGCAUACGAUGAAGCAGUUGAGAUAACUCGGAACAAAAGUCAGAGCAAUAGCAAAAGCACGUGACUAGUCGAUUAAAAUAAUAUAUAGCAACUGGAAUGAGACUGAAUGAGAUGAAGAAAGUGUGAACCGAUGACGACUGCAAUUAAACCAACGGAUGAACGAUCGUUUCUCGGCUCGAUCGAGAAAACCGACAUUAAAGUUUAUUUUGCGAUUGGUUUCGCUUGCAGAACUGCAUUUCGCUCUGCGGACGGUUUGAUAUUAUAAAGUCUGAUACAUGUGUAAGAGCACAUCCGUUUGUAGCCUUGUAAAUAUACUUCUUGAGAUGAAUGUGUGAAAAUAGUGAGUGUUAUCGAUUAAAUCAUAUUUAUGAUUUCGUAGUCGAUUAUAAUGACAAUAAGUCGAGGCUAAAAUUGAAUCUAUUUAUCAACUGAAUUUGUGAUGAUUUAGGAUAUAGAAAUAUAUAUUAUUUUUAUUUCUGAGCAAUAAUUGCAUUGUUGUUCUCAUUAUGUAAGAUUGUAAUGAUUUAUUGUAAGAUUUGUAAUCAAUAAAUAUGGAAUACAAAGACUCAGUA